GUACUGCUUGCUGGCGAAGCUGCCGCACUCGCUGAGUCAAAACCUCCCAUGACACUGCCCACGAGUGGACAGCUGGACCACUUCAGCUAUUCCAUGUACCUAGAUGAUAAGACCGAGGACUCACGCCGCCUGCAUUUGCCACAUCUGCCACAUCUUCGCGGCCCCCCUGUGGGUGUGCUGCAGAAGGCCGCCAAGGCUGCGCCUCUGGUGGCUGCGGCGCUCACGGAAAUCCCUGCGGUCCGAGAGCAGCUCUCGGAGCGGCUGGGCCGUGAUGUGCGGCCGAUCAGCGAGGUCGCCAACGAGGUCCUGGAUUUCGCAGAGGCUGAGGCGCAACGCCUCGGCAGCAACAUCGAGGAGACUGUGCGCCAGACUUUGCGAGCGGCCAAGAGGAAGGCACGAGGUGCGGUGGAGGAGGCGCGAGUCGUGGUGCAGGAAAUCAACGAGACUGUGUCUGUGGCUGAGCACAAAGCAGAGGAGCUGAUUCACCACAAGCCAAAGACAGCUCCACACCGCUCCCGUUCAUGGCUGAUGGGCACACUGGGAUUUGCAGCUUUGCUUGGCAUCGUCGCAUCGCGACGCUGGUUUGCUCGGCGCCGGCCUGCCAUGGCUGGCACGCGCCGUGCGCGCUGGAACUCGCCGGCGAUCACGCCCGUGGUGCCCAGCCGGGAGGGUGUGCUGCAGAGGACGCCCUCCCAGUCUUGCCUGACGCCUGUCAAGGUCCACAAGGUGGAGUUUCAAAGAGUGGGGCUUCAAGACGGAGCGGAGUGGGAUUCCCCAGAUGAACAGGACGGUGAGUCACCGCAGGAUGCCCGCUGGGAGCCUUCUUUGGACAAAUUGAACCCCAAAACGGAGUACUACGAGAUCAACAGUCAGCAGGACUCUCCGCGGGAUCAUGAUCCUCGAGAUCCACGAAAUGACCGCGCUUUGGGAGCCUAA